CCACUGCAGCCCCACCACCUCCCGGCCCGUCCUCCGAGAACCGAGCGCUCAGCACACCAUUGAAUGAAAGCCAGCCGCUGCUUCCCCGGGCAUAGCGGCCGGGAAGAGGGCGGGGGCAGGAGGAGGAGGAGGAGGAGGGACCGACUUCGCCUGGAGAUUUUCAAGCCGCCGUUGAUGGGAAUGUUUUCCUCUGGCAAUGACAAAUGAGGAUGGAAAAGUCAUCUUCUAAGGGCUGGGACGGGGCAGCGAGACCUUGAAACUACUCUCUCACUUUUCCUGGAGCCUAGAGAGAGAGAGGAGGCGAGGAUUCUUCGCGAUUUCCUGGUGAAACGGGGGUAAAUUGGUGUCCCCUUUCACUUCCAACCCCCUCUCUCCAUCUAGAAAGUGAAAAUGUGGUCAGUAGGAAUAGCGGUGUGCUGGAUCCUCACGGUUGGCCUUUCCGAGUGUCAUCUAAGAAAACCAAAAAAUGUGGAUCCCGAAACGGCUAUGAAUGUUAGCGAGAUCAUCUCUCACUGGGGAUACCCCAGCGAAGAGUACCAAGUAAUGACGGAAGAUGGAUAUAUUCUUAGUGUUAACAGAAUUCCUCAUGGGAGGAAAAACUAUUGGAGAAAAGGUCCAAAGCCAGUUGUGUUUCUGCAGCACGGUUUGCUUGCGGACGGCAGUAACUGGGUCACAAACACAGCCAACAACAGCCUCGGUUUCAUCCUGGCCGAUGCUGGCUAUGACGUGUGGAUGGGGAACAGCCGAGGGAACACCUGGUCUAGGAAGCACAAGACCCUUUCAGUUUUCCAGAGAGAAUUCUGGGCAUUCAGUUAUGAUGAGAUGGCGCAAUAUGACCUUCCAGCUGUGAUCAAUUUCAUCUUAAAUAAAACGGGUCAAGAACAAGUGUAUUAUGUUGGACAUUCUCAAGGCACCACCAUAGCUUUCAUAGCAUUUUCAACCUUGCCUCAACUAGCCAAAAAGAUCAAAAUGUUUUUUGCCCUGGCUCCUGUUGCUACAGUCAAGUUUUCCACUAGUCCUCUGGCAAAACUGGGAAUAUUUCCAGAGCUGCUGUUUAAGGAAAUAUUUGGAACAAGGGAAUUUUUGCCCCAGACUGCAAUUAUAAAAUGGCUUGCUAUCCACGUGUGUACUCACAGAAUACUGAAAGAACUCUGUGGCAACCUCUUCUUUGUUCUUUGUGGAUUUAACGAGAGAAACCUGAAUAUGUCCCGGAUUGACGUUUACAGCACACACUGCCCGGCUGGAACAUCUGUGCAGAACAUGAUUCACUGGAGUCAGGCUGUUAAAUCUGGAGAGCUCAAAGCCUAUGACUGGGGGAGCAAGGCCAAGAAUUAUUUUCAUUAUAACCAGACAAGCCCUCCUUUGUACAAGGUGAAAGACAUGCUGGUGCCUACUGCAGUGUGGACCGGUGGUCAGGACUGGCUGGCAGACUCCAAAGAUACUCAGUUGUUAUUGACUCAAAUUACCCAGCUGGUUUACCACAAGAAUAUUCCUGAGUGGGAACAUCUGGAUUUCAUCUGGGGCUUGGAUGCUCCUCAGCGCCUGUAUGAUGAAAUCCUCAAUCUGAUGAAGAAAUACCAGUGACGGCCCAGGCCGGGAGACAAGUUAGAAUUAAGCGUUCGAUUGGACGUUCUGAAAAUGUAUUGUUUUUACUUGCAGUAGCCUUAAACUUUAUCAUUUCAAAAAACACCCUGGUGAAUGUGAAGAUCGUUCAUAACCACAUUUCUUUCUGUCAGAAAACAGGGGCAUUUCACUGUCCCAGAAUGGACUGAUGCCAACUAACUUGCUGAAAUUUUUUGAGGUGGGGCGGGGUGGCGGGGGCAGGGAGGGGAGAGAAUGGGAAGUGGCAAGAUUGGUCCAAAAACUAUACUUAUCAUAAUUAAUGUUCCAUGAAGAGCACACUCACCAUUGAACCCACGUCAGAGUACAUGAAGUCACGAAGUGUACCGGAAGUGCAAAGAGCAGUCGACGGGGGACUGGGAGAAAUGAAAUAAUAAGAUGGUAAAUCCUUGAGCUGUUUUCUGAUGAAGUGGUGUGCCACUAAAUGUGGAAUUUUGCUGUCAUCCCUGUUCAGAUUCUGUUGAUGAAUCACAGGAUAAUUCUUGAGGGAAAUAGCAUUUUUACAUUCUGUGAAAUACUUUAAAACCACAGAGACUUAAUUGCGUGUUAAUUGUGUUGGUCACAGAAACUGGACAGCUGAAAACAUUACUGCUUUCACUACAUAUCAGCUCAGAUAUUAAGUGGAACGUAUAAGCUCGUUCACUUGAGAAUAAUCACAUUUAUAAUAUUGCCAGUGGAGACGGUUAAAAGAAUGAGCUUUUCAACUUCUUUGGUGAUGGCUUACUCCGAACCUCUCACAAAAUAUUCAUUUCAUUCUUUCUGAUUCCCAGCAGUUUCCAUUAUCAUUGUCUUCCAAAUCUGUACUUUCCCAGGUGCUUUAGGUCAAUGCUCAAUACACAUUAAACACUCAAUAAAUACCAUUGGUUGAUCAUUUUAAAAUUUGUAUAUUGGAAAUUACUAUUGAUUCGUGAUGGUCCCAAAUGUCGUUCUAAGAAAAAUGGCGGGGGAGAAGCAGAGCAGCUCUCGUGCUGAACUUUGUGAAGCUCGCAGCCACUGAAGCAAGAUUGGAAACCAUGUCAAGGGGGUAAAAAAAGAAUCAUCUACCUUACACCAAAAACGUAUCCUUUCUGAUUUGCUCUAACUCACUGAAAAUCCCACCCUGAAUCAGAAAAGAGAUAUUAACUUUUCUAUAAUGAAAAACAAAAUAUAUUGCUUUCUUGCCUACAUCAGGGUAUCCUUCACAUCUGUUCUUUUAGCUUGCCAUUUGUGUACAUAUGUGUGUGUGCAAUAUUUGAGGCAUUUGUCAGUUCUACACAAAGCCAUGAGUUUGUGUUCUCAUAAAAACUUUCACUCAACUGCCAUUUGAUGAAUAGGAAAAGUAUGUGAAAGACCGUGAUCUGAUUUUCUAGUUUGAAGUAAGGACAUUUGAGUCAGCCAAAAAAUGUUCAGAAAUAAUGUUUAUGGAAUGUUUUAAGAAUGUUAAAUUUUUUAUCAAUAAAAUGUAGUGAAUGUUUGCCUUUACCUCCCUCCAUUGUAA